UCAGGCCCAGUGACCGGAUUUCCCUGUUGUGAGGCCCAGCGCUUUAAACCAUGGCCCUUUCUGGGUCAGCUGUCUGCUGAGCUGGGCGUGCUGAGGGGCCCUGGGUGCUGGGAGUAGGGUGUGACAGACAGGGGGACGGAGCUCAGAGCAGCCCCCUGAACCGAGUGGAACCAGACAGGUAGCCAGUGGCAGAGCCAGGAUCCGAACUCAGGAGCUGCCUGGAGAUGCUCCUGCUCCUGCUGCCGCUGCUCCUGCUGCUGCUGCUGCCCCUGGCCGUGCUCUGGCGCCAGCGGGCCCCGGGGCCCGGGCCGUCCUGGCUGGCCAGCCUGCAGCACCGGGUGGCCUGCGGGGCCCUGUGCUGGGCAGCCGCCUGGCAGCAGUGGAGGCUGGAGCAGAGCACCCUGCACGCGGGCCCGCGCCAGCAGCAGGCCCUGAGCCGGUGCCUGAAGCGAGCCCGGGGUCCCCCCUCUCCUCUCAGGGGGAGCACAGAUAUGACCACCUUCCGGAGUCACCUCCCUCUGACCGAGGCCAGCCAGGCCCCAGAAGAAGAAAGUGGGGAGCAGCUCCUGGCCCCUGCCUCCAAACGGCACCCUGGGGAGGCCUCUCUGCAGGCCACCUUGCUGGGCCUGGCAGCCCUCAACCAGGCCUACCCAGCGGCGCUGGCCCCGGGAAGCAGGGCCUGUGUGACCCCCACAUCCCCCUGGCCCCACCCUCUGCCCUGGCCGUGGUGCGCGCCCCGCCGGGCUGGGCCCCCGGGAGCCAAGGACCCCCGGGCCCUGCUGCUGGAGGCGCUGAGGUCCCUGGGGCUGCGGGCGCUGGAGGCCGGGACGGCGGCCGAACUCCUGGACGUUUUCUCGGGCCUGGAGGCCGAUGGCGAGGAGCUGGCGGAGGCGAUGGCUGCCGGGAAGCCAGGGGCACCUCUCCCCGCGCGGGCGGCGGAGCUGCGGGAAGCUCUGGAGCAGGGACCCCGGGGCCUGGCCCUGCGGCUCUGGCCGGAGCUGCAGGUGGUGGUGACUCUGGAUGCGGGAGGCCAGGGCGAGGCCGUGGCUGCCCUGGAGGCCCUGUGGUGCCACGGGCUGGCCUUCUUCUCGCCGGCGUACGCCGCCUCCGGAGGCGUGGUGGGCCUGAGCCUGUGGCCAGAGCAGCCUGCUGGGCACUACCUCCUCCCGCCGGGAGCUCCCGUGAUCGAGCUGCUCCCAGUCCCGGCGGGAGGCCAGGAGGAGGCUGCCACCACCGUCCUGCUGGCCGAGGCCCAGAAGGGCCAGGAAUACGAGCUGGUGGUGACGGACCAGGCCAGCCUUACCAGAUGCCGCCUGGGUGACGUGGUUCGGGUAGCUGGUGCCUACAAUCAGUGCCCCGUCGUCAGGUUCAUCUGCAGGCGGGGCCAGGCCCUGAGCGUGCGCGGGGAGGACAUCGGCGAGGACGUGUUCUCGGAGGCCCUGGGCCGGGCGGUGGGGCAGUGGCCAGGGGCCAAGCUGUUGGACCAUGUCUGUGUGGAGAGCAGCAUUCUGGAUUCCUCCGGGGGCUCCGCUGCUCCACACUAUGAGGUGUUUGUGGCCCUGAGGGGGCUGAGGAACCUGUCGGAGGAAAAUCGAGACAAGCUGGACCGCUGCCUCCAGGAGGCCUCUCCCGGCUACAAGGCCCUGCGCUUCCGGGGCAGCGUGGGCCCGGCCAGGGUGCACCUGGUGGGGCCGGGGGCCUUCGGAGCCCUCCGGGAGGCCCUCGCCGCCUCCCCCGCGGGCCCCUUCCCCCCGGAGAUGCCCCGGGUGCUCCGGCACAGGCGCCUGGCCCGGCUUCUGCAGGGGAGAGUGCUGUGCUGAGCUGGGGCUGCCCGCUGGCCGGCCACCCCACAAGCGGCCUCUCUCUCUCCUCCGGGGCCUCUCUGGGCCAGGCUCUGUGACUCCGUGUCACCUCGCAGUGGCUCAUCUGAGCUCCUGGGCCUGAGGGAGGUGCAGCCCCGCCAGCCAGCUCCCAGGAGGUGGCCUGAGGGGGGAGCCCCGUGGCCCCCUCUGGAGGACCCUGCUAGAGAGUUCCCACACAGGAGGGGGGGGUCGCCGUGUGUUGGGAGUUGGGGCUCCCAGAAGCAGCCCUCAGUCAGCAAGGAACAGGAGUGGUGAACCCCGACCUCAGCGUCACUGUCCCUCAGGGCGACCAUUCUGAAGUGUGUCGCUGCCCGCAGGGGGAGCCCUCUAGUCAACACGGUUCUCCAGGCAACCCUCCCACCUCCGCCCCCCGAGGUGUUUUCUGCGAUCACCCCCCAAAUAAACCUCUUGCACCCAGA